AUGGUGCAUGAUUUGACUACAGCCUAUAACAAUGGGGUGGAUAAGGAGUUUGAUUCGUUCAAGUUUGUGAACCCCGUGACACGGUUACUGGAAUAUUUGGGAGCACACGUUUUGAUCCAACUGAAGCAGAAUGAAGAUUCCUAUUUUUAUCGAAGUGUGCAGACUGUGAGUGGUGUACAGGGGAUCACCACAAUUAAUUUACCUCCUGCUCAGGUGGAGCAUUCACUGUGGAUAUCGGAUCUCCCUAUCGAAGCCUUGAAACAUUGGAAUACGAUGAAGAUGGAACUGGUUGUGAUCACCGAUCGACGUCCGGUGUCACUGACACGGUUAUUGGAAUCAACCAAUGGGGCGUUUUAUCUUGGUGACGAGACAGUGGAGCUUGUGAUUCAUUUAGAGCAAUCGUCUGACAAUGUGACACGUGGACUUGUGCAGGACUUUAUGUGGCAACACGGUGAAAAGAAAGUACGUCAUCGUAUUCGUAAAGGCGGGUUGAUGCCUGCUAUUGUAGAAUCUUGGUACCCUAGUGACAAUGACCAUUACGGGGUUCUUUUGGAAGACGAUAUUGAAUUAUCUCCCUUGUUCUACGCUUGGACCAAAUAUAAUAUUCUCAAGUACCGAUACAGUCCAAAAGAGAAAGAAGCACAUCAGCAUAUCUAUGGGGUGAGUUUAUAUUCGCCACGUAACCUGGAGCUUUUACCGGAAGGAAGAAGACCGUUUGGGCCGGAAAAAGUGUUGGAGGAAGGUGGAUAUGCACGAAGAUCGCCUUAUGCGACGCCAGUGCCUUGUAGCUGGGGAGCAGUUUAUUUUCCAGAGCAUUGGCGAGAGUUUCAUACUUAUUUAACGGAACGUAUUGCCAAGGAAGAAUGGCCCGGAUAUCAUAAUGUGACAGUACCGAACAGUCGAUCCACGCGAUGGAAAAAGUCGUGGAAGAAGUACUUUAUUGAAUUGGUGUAUCUGCGAGGGUAUGUGAUGGUGUAUCCCAAUUUUGAAGGAUUCCAGUCCUUUUCGACCAACCAUUUGGAGUAUGGUACGCAUGUAAAAGGGAAUGGUCGUACGCAGAGUAAAGUGAUGGAGUUUCUGGUACCGUUGAUGCAACAGGAUUUGAUACUGGAGCAGUUGCCGGACCACCAUUUACCGAUGUUUAGACAGUUGCCUAUCCUGGAUCUAUGGGGACGUAUGAGCACCAUGGGGGAUUUAGAUCAAGUAGGGGCGGAUUGGCAUGAGAAGGUGUCGGUGUGUCCGAGAACGGUGGGAACAUUUGAUCCUAGUGAUCUGCUUUGUCCGUUUGAAGAGAAUGUGUUAAAAUCCAAGUCAAAGUCGACUAUCAAAUCGUAG